AUGUGCGGCAUCGUUCGCCUCAGUCAACGGCCCCAACCGCACAUAACUGGUGUUGUCGGUCAACGUAGUCCUAGAAGUCGAGAACAGCAGACCUCAGAGCACAGACUGAUUUUGAAGCAGAUGCAGCGGAACAAUGAACGGUUUGAACGACUCAAACGACCCACACAAAUGGAACUAUUGGACACGACCCCCGCAGAUUAUUCGGUUUCGGGAAAAGCUGCUUCAGGAGCCGUUGUGAGCGAGGAGACAUUGGGCAUGAUCCUAGCAGUCCCUACCGUGGACUCAAUGCUCCGGCAGUUUGUUUUGGAAGCUGAGAUUGAUUCUACCGCAAAAGAGCAUGCUGACCACCAGGAAGCUAUUGUGAAUAAAUCGUCCGAUGAAGAACUGUACAGUAUCGAUCAAGCAGUUUACACAGAAAACAUGGGUGAUCUGUUGUCGCGAAAGCACGAGUUUGCGACACACUUGGUGAGGGCACGUGAUCGGACGUGGUACGAACUGUAUGUGCUUAUCGAGGCCAAUACACAACAACUGCUGUUCUAUCGGACCAAGUCGGAUUAUAAUAAGCAAGACCCGUUGGCUCAUACAUUCCACAACGAACUCGGCUUAGAUUUAGGCAGAAAUCUAUUGACCGUUUCAGUCGCUACGGACUACACGAAACGUCCUCAUGUUUUUCGAAUUUUGAAUUCGAAUACUGGAGCAUCGUACUUAUUUCAAGCUCCCAAUAAGGAGACUUUGUCUUGA